AUGAAAUUAUAUCUUGAUCGUCAUGUCAUCUCUUUUCCUCUAGAUGAGGAAUUGGUGGUGAGAUGGACCGCGAGUGGCACAUCUAUGCCACCAGCGCAUCCGAUCAAGGCGGCAUGGGCACUACUGCUUUCCCGAAUUUCGGGUGUGCCGACAAGCAGAUUUGGAGUGAUUGAGACACCUAUGGCUUCGGUUGUUGAUCCAAAGGUCAAUCCCGCAAGUUCGCAGCUACCGAAUCUAGAGACCUGGACGAUAUCAGAAAAGGACGACAUUAUUCUGCAGGAUGCCGCCGAGGAGCACACAGAGCGUCUGGUGGAAAAUGAGGCAACCACUGCUAUCAUCAUCAGCUGGGACGGUGAAACAGCCCUCUUACCAUCAACCUUUCAUACGGUUGUGCUCUUUAGUUGGGGCCUAUCACCGGCUCAAAUACACAUGAGCAUCUCGGAAGAAUCUUUUACAAUAAGCCGAGCCUGGGCACAACUGACUUGUUUCGUUCGGGUCCUGGAGCAGAUUAUCCUGACCCCCGAUUUGCCGUUGUCCAAGGUAGACUUUCUCGGCUCCUAUGGCGAGAAAACGAUUCGGCAAUGGAACGAUCCUUAUUCGCUGUCCAGACCGGUUGUCUGUAUCCACACGCUAAUUCAGGAGCAUUGCCACAGUCAGCCUGAUGCUGAAGCUCUGUGUGCCUGGGAUGGAUCCGUCACAUAUGCCGAGCUAGAUCAGCUAUCGCUAGCAAUCAGCAUUUUGCUACAGGCUCAUGGAGUAGGUCCCGAGAUUAUAGUGCCGCUUCUAUUUGAAAAAUCCCAAUGGACCGCGAUUGCCAUCCUGGGGGUGCUGCGGGCAGGUGGCGCUUUUGUUCUGUUGGACCACUCCCAUCCUGUGCAUCGUCUGGAGGAAAUUUGCGUCGAAGUCGAGGCAAUGAUUAUCCUCACUUCUCGUUCGCUGCAUGAACUGGGCUGCCAGGUACAUCGGCAAGCAUUUGCGGUCCCGGGAAUCGAGAUUGAGGUGGAUGAAUCAGACCGCAAUCGGACCCCAGUCGUUAAUUCAUCCAAUGCUGCUUAUGUUGCAUUCACAUCUGGAUCAACCGGAAAGCCCAAGGGAAUUGUGAUUGAGCACCUGUGUUUCUGCGCGAAUGCCCUAGCACAGAAUGCAGUUCAAAAUAUAAAUUUACGGACUCGUGCUCUUCAGUUUGCCGCUCACGCCUUUGAUAGCAGUAUUCUUGAAAUGCUUAUGACGCUAAUUGCAGGAGGCUGUGUUUGUAUACCAUCGGAUGGGCAGCGUCUGAACGGCCUGUCGAACGCGAUUAACACCCUCCAGGCUAACUGGCUGGAAUUGACUCCAUCCGUUGCACGCUUCCUUCAACCUGAUCAGGUACCGGGGGUCAAGUCACUGCUACUCGUCGGUGAGCCAAUGUCCCGUAAGGAUGUGAGCAAAUGGGCUGAUAGGGUUCAACUUCUAAAUGCCUACGGCCCUGCUGAGUGCAGCGUGGUAACCACAAUCCAGCCUCGCGUGAAGGCAAAUGACCCGAAUAACAUCGGGCGUUCCUACAGUAGUCACUGCUGGAUUGUUAAUCCUCAAGAUCAUGACCAACUCGAGCCUCUGGGUGCAGUGGGGGAGUUGAUUGUUAGUGGACCGAUCGUGGCCCGAGGAUACCUCAAUUACCCGCGCCAGACCUCAUUCAUUAGCAAGCCCUGUUGGGCGGCUCGCUUCGGCGUCCCCGAGGAUGAACGGUUCUACAGGACUGGAGAUCUUGCUCGGUAUAAUGUGGAUGAUGGGACGCUGCAAUACAUUGGGCGGAAAGACCGGGAGGUCAAAAUCCAUGGCCAGCGCAUUGACUUGCAAGAAAUUGAAAAUCUUGCGUCUCAGUAUCAGAAUGAUGUAGCGGCAGUCGUUGAUGUGAUUCAGCUAGGAGACAGCAGCGCAGGAAAGCUUCUGACAAUCUUCCUGGUAUUCGCAGAUACAGACCUGUGCUCCGAUAGCUGCAAGAGUCAGGUUGUGAGUGCGGAUUCUGUCAUGCGUGCUGUGUCUCUUGGCAUGAGAUGCUGGCUCCAGGAGCGCCUGCCACCAUACAUGAUUCCAACCAAAUAUGUGUGGGUCAGUGGGUUCCCUUUGACGCGAACUGGCAAGCUGGAUCGUCGGGCAUUGGUAGAUCUAGGAGCAGCAUCCACCCAGUCACGUACACACAAUUCAGAAACGGAGUGUUUGAAUAAGAAGAGCCAUGAGAACGAUGCCUUGGAUCCAAAUUUUUCCUUGAAAGAAGGCCUCAUCCGUUCUUUAUUCGCUGCAGUCUUACAAUGUCCUGAACAAGUCAUCGGUAAACAUGAUGACUUCUACGAACUGGGAGGAAAUUCGCUGGCCGCGAUUGAGCUUGUCGCUCGUGCGCACAGUCGAGGUUUGGAGCUGACAGUUGCAGAAGUCAUACAUUCUCAAACCCCCCAUAAUAUUGCUCGGUUCUCCCUGGAGACUACAGAAAGUCUUGAAAUUCUACCUUUCACUCUUGUGAAGAAUCUUGACACUGAAGAGAUUCUAUCUACUGCCGCCGUCCAGUGCCAGGUCACACAGAGUCAGAUCGAGGACAUCUACCCGUGCACUCCUCUGCAAGAAGGCCUAAUGUCGCUGUCAACUAAAGCCCCGGGAGCCUUCAUCGGCACAUAUCAAUUCUCAAUACCUUCUUCGACGAGCGUGACUCAGCUGAGUGCCGCGUGGGAGCGGCUUUGGAUCGCACAUCCGAUACUACGGACACGAAUCGUCUUGGGAAGGGAUGGAACCAUGAUACAGGUCGUCAUAAAAGAAGCUUUGCUUUUUAGGGAAGGAUCAUGCGCCGACGAUGACCGAAGACCUAUGGGCUUCGGAAGCAGACUUGCACGACUGACGAUUCAGCGGUUCAAUACCCCUGUCCUAUUUAUUUUCACAAUUCACCACGCAAUCUUCGAUGGAUGGUCGUAUGUGCAGCUACUCGAAGACCUGCAUUAUUUCUAUAAAGGCCAGUCACCACCAUUGCGGCCCGCAUUCACUCAAUUCAUUCAUUAUCUUGCGACAUCAGAUUCGAACAUGAGCCAUUCAUUCUGGGAGAAUGAGCUCAAAGGUUAUCAGUCACCCGUUUUCCCAUCACCUUCGUCCCGACGGCUAUCAACCGGACCUCGGUGGCUUGUAAGAAGCCAUUGGGUCGAUUUAGCCAAUCUUGAGGUCAAGUGGAAGCUUGCAAACCAAAUCAAGCUGGCAUGGGCCUUAGUCGUAUCCUCUCAAGUAAACUCCGACGACGUCAUAUACGGGCUGACUGUUACUGGUCGAAACGCUCCGGUUCCUGGGAUUGAUCGUAUCACAGGCCCAACGUUCACUACAUUUCCUUUCCGGACACAGCUGAAACCCGAGCUAUCUGUUCAACAGAUGUUAGCUGAAAUCCAAGAGCACGAUGUAUCUAUCAUGCCAUAUGAGCAUACGGGCCUCGAGGCUAUUGCGGAGUCCAGCCCGGACGCAGCUUGGGCUUGCAGCUUCCAAAACCUUCUGACGAUCCGACUCCGCUCAUUUCAGAGUCCAUCCUCAGCCUUCCUCGACUUACCUGAAAAUGAAGAGGAAGACCUGAAUUUUGCAUCUUAUCCCCUUUCAAUCGUGGUUCAACAGAAGGAUAGCUUGCUGAAGAUCAAAGCCUUCUAUGACGGUGAAAUCCUAACUUCCAAUCUUGUCCAGGGCCUCCUCGAUGACUUUGAAACUUACCUGCAACAUGUCAUCCAGCAGGCCGAAUCCAUGAUUGGGGAUAUGAAAAGGCUUGCCUCUCAACGAUGGCAGCAGGUGGCAGAGAUCAAUGCAGAAACUCAUAAUCAACCAUCACCGAAGUGCCUUAUCGACAUUAUCCAGGCGCUCAGUGUCACGCAGCCGGAAUGUGAAGCUGUGUGUGCAUGGGAUGGCUCCCUGGCGUACAGAGAGCUAAUCAACAUGGCACGUAGUCUCGCAGGUCAUCUUCAACUCUCAGGAUCCGGCCCUGGGACGUUCAUUGGGAUUUGUCUGGAGCGUUCGAGGUUCUUUCCGGUCGCGAUCCUUGGUGUUUUGAUGUCGGGAGCUGCUAUGGUCUUAUUGGAGCCGAACUUCCCGCCACAGCGAUUGAAUGGGAUUCUGAAUGAUGUAAAUGCGCAGUUUGUCGUUUGCUCGCCGGGGAUGAUAGAAAGGUUUGAAGACGAAAUCAGAGAAACAAGAAAAAUCAUCCCUUUCGCAUGGCAUCUGGGGGACUGGGAAGGAUGCGAUUCUUGGAUUCCGCCACCGGUCAGCCCUAGCGAUCCGAUGUAUGUUGCCUUUACCUCCGGAUCGACCGGUACCCCCAAAGGAGUAGUGAUAGAACAUGGAAUGGUCUACUCGACGAUCCUUGCCCACAAAGAUGUUAUAGGCGCUUCAAGGUCGUCUCGGUGCUUGCUUUUCGCAUCUUCAGCGUUCGAUAUCUUCCUGGCGGAAGUCUUUUUUAUGCUCGCCACUGGGGGCUGCGUCUGUAUUCUCUCGGAAAGCCAGCGCAUGAAUAAUCUGGCCCAGGCUAUGUCAGACUUGCAGGUCAAUAUGGCCAUGUUAACGCCUUCAGUGGCACGGACACUCUCACCGAAGAAGGUGCCAUCUCUUCAGACACUGAUCCUUGGUGGUGAGUCUCCCUCGGUGUCUGACCUAGCAACAUGGGCCCCACAUGUCCGGCUGCAUCAAUCAUACGGCCCGGCGGAGUGCACCAUGUACGCGACGACGACGGCCCAGUUGGCCCCUGAUUCCGUUUUGAACAAUGUGGGAUCCUCUAUGAAUGCGACCUAUUGGAUCGUCAACCCGGAAGACCACGAUGAGCUUAUGCCUGUUGGUUCGAUGGGAGAGUUAUUGAUUGGCGGUCCUCUUGUUGGACGAGGCUAUAUCAAGCGACCCAAAGAGUCGGCAGCUGCGUUCAUUUUGAAUCCGAUCUGGAGCCAACAGAUUCCUGGUCUGUGGGGCUCACGAUUGUACAAAACCGGGGACCUUGCCAUCCUGAACUCGGACAAAUCCUUGCUUUUGGUCGGUAGAAAGGAUACUCAGGUGAAGCUCCACGGACAGCGCAUUGAGUUGCAUGAGAUUGAGCGUUGUGCCGAAACCUUCAGACCCGAUCUUGCAGCAAUUGUUGAGCUGGUGGAGAUUCAAAGCGUCCAGACAUCCAGUUUAGUCGCAUUCACCUACAAUCCAACCACGGUGAAGAGAACGCUAGCUAUGACAUCUUCUCUUUCUGGCAGCCAGAUGCCAUUCCUUCCGCCAUCAACAGACAAUCGACUUCUUUCUGACGGCCUGCUAAAUCAUCUUCAGCAGCACCUGGCACCAUAUAUGGUACCGUCGUUAAUACUAGAAUUGUCGUGCCUGCCCCUCGGUCCAACUGGAAAGAUCGACCGCAAGAAACUUAAGCAUGCUGCGUCGAUGCUUGAAAAGGAAACGCUGAGAAAGCAUCGGGGCGGUGUCGCUGGGUCGAAGACGGAACCAACAACGCACCAGGAGCAAUUUGUGCGCGCAAACUUUGCAACCGCGCUGUCAGUGGAUGAGGUAACCAUUGGGUUAGAAGAUAGCUUCUUCGCUCUGGGUGGUGAUUCCUUGAGUGCUAUGCGAGUUUUGACCCUAUGUCGGCGUGGAAACAUGAACAUCUCCAUGCAUGAAUUUCUCUCCCAUGACACGGUAUCUUCGCUUUGCGCUCAUGCCAGUAGAUAUCAGGAACAGUGUCCGGAUCCUGCUUUUCAGAAUAGUGUGAUUCCCAAGCAUCACUCGGAGAGUGAGGCUAAUAGUUCUGUCAAUCUCAACGAUGUCGCUCACAAUCUCGAAAUGAUUCGAUCUCAAUUGACGUUGCUACAGUCACACAUCAUCGAGGACAUCUAUCCGUGUUCGGACGCCCACAACGGUAUUUUGGAGCUGUAUGCAUCCAAGUACACGAGUACGGCGAUCUUCCAGGUUCUCCCCAGCGGCUCAGUGAGUGCGGUCCAGGUGAGCAAUGCCUGGAAGCAGCUUGUCGAGCGCCAUACGGCACUGCGCACAAUCCUCGUCGAUGAUCCCAAGGCCCAUGCAAAGAAGUACCAUGUCGUCCUGCGUACAGGUACCGCGAAGGACCGGAUCUUUGCAUCCAGCAAGAUGGCACUUGCGGAUUUGAGAAACCUGCCACACGUUGAGUCAUGGGACCUCUCCACUCUGUAUCGGCUUUUCAUCGGGCAGGGUGAUAGCGGAGAGGUGUUCAUGCGGUUGGAGACGGGUGGGGCGCUGAUCGACGCCUUUUCCAUGUCUACCCUCAUGAGGGAGCUAUGUCUCACCCUCGAUGGGCAGACGUUGCCCUCUAUCAGUGUCACGUAUCGCCAAUACCUGACUCACCUGCUGCUGCUGCAAUCGUCGGCCAAGGCUUUGCGAUACUGGUCGUACAUGCUGCAGGAUGCCCAGCCAUCUCACCUCCCAAAGCUUCCAGAUGAUACACCUAGAGCCUCAGCUUUCCCCUCGCCUCGCACGCAGCGAUACCGUCUCUCGCCUGCCCAGUUCCACGAGCUCAACGCAUUCUGGAGGACUCAUCGCUUCACCAUCACCAAUGUUUGCCAGCUGGCCUGGGCCAAGACUCUCAGCCACUACACCAACACUUGCGACGUUUGCUUCGGCACGGUCACUUCCGGCCGCGAGGACCACCACCUCGACGUCUGGGACUCCGUGGGCUCCUUCUUCAAUAUAGUGUACUGUCAUCUCGCCCUCGGUUCCGAGGAAACGGUGUUGGAGGCCUUGACUCGGAACCAAGUGGAGAUCCAACGACGAACGGAGCACCAGCACUGCUCGAUGCCCGAGAUGGCCCGCAAAUUUGGGGCGCAGCCGGACAAUAAUGAGGACAAGCAAUUGUUCAAUACUGUGUUGACCGUACAAAACACCGUCUCGACCAACUCACAUAUAGCGAGUUCCCAAGAUAACGAGACUAUCAAUGGUACUAUAAGCACCCAAGUCGAGCUCCUUGAUCUGGAAGAUCCCACCGAAUACGACUUCUGCAUUGCCGUUCACACCUCGCCGUCCCAGAUCGACUUCGAACUCCGCUACUGGACAUCAACCGCCUCGGAGAAGUAUGCGUCGGAGAUCCUGGCUCGAAUGCUCGACUAUCUCGACCUAAUCGUGCAGAACGCGAUGGACCCGCUGCAGAAGAUUUCACGGGUCUAA